UCGGAUCGGUAUGAAUCAAAUAAUGUUGUGCGUCUCUAUCUACAAAGAUGGGUAUGGUUUUUGAAAUAGUCCUUACUGAUCUUAUUACAUGGUUGGUAACACUGACCUUUUGUUCAUUUUUUGUUUGUUUGAAUCUGAUAGUUUCGCGGAGUGUGGCUUGUUGUCUAGACGAAUUGGCUAGCAGAUACCCGGCGAUGAAGUUUGUUAAGAUUAUAUCUACUGAUUGUAUUCCUAACUACCCUGAUUGUAAUCUUCCUACGUUGUUGGCGUACCGUCACGGGGCUGUGGAAGGAACACAUGUGGGGUUGAAGAGCGUUGGCCGUAGGUGCACUCCAGAGAGUGUAGCGUUAGUUUUGUGUCAGUCAGAGCCAGUUCUUAACGAUGGUAAAAGCGGAGACGAUGACUCCUCGAGGGAAGAUGUGAUGGCUGGAGUUCGAAGACAGUUUAUAGAACGAGUGGUGAAAGACCAUGAAGAUAAAGAUAACGAUGAUGAUGAUUACAAUAGCGAUUAGAACACUCUCAAAGCUUCUUUUUUUGGUAAGACUCAUAAACAAAAGUGCUGACUUCAUUUUGUCUUGUAAUGCUUUCAUCAAAAAAUAUCUUCUUCUUUUCUGAAAGUGGUAGGGAAAAAACCUAGCAUAGAUGUGAAACAGUUUUGUAAUAUGUUAAGGGCUACCAAAGAACCCAUCUACAAAAGAUGUAGAGAAUGACUUCUAGAUUAUCUUUAGCAAAUAGAAUGGUGACAAUUUUCUUUUUUCUUUUUGAACACAUCGGAUGCUGAUAAUUAAAAGUGAUUUUUAGUUAGGGUGGUUUUGUAAAAAUAUAAAGACAAUAAAUAAUUUAAUGCAAUCAAUAGUAAAAAAAUCACUUCCAUGACGAGAAUACGGAAUUAGCUCAAACAAUUGUUAACAGUGAACAAUAGAACAUAUAUUAUUUUUAUAUGAUCAUAAAUAAUAGGUCAACAAUCAAUUAUAAUACCGACACAGAGAAUAUAAAAUAAAUAACAACGGGAUGAAAUUAAUCAUCUGAUAUUAAUAUGGGGAUGUCAUUUUUUAAAAUUAACCAAGAGUGGUGCUCUACUUGGUUGAUUCACUUUUUGGGUCUAGGUACGGCAAUGUUCGCUCUGCUCGCAUCCUUUGCUGUAAUGACUCAUUUCCUGUUUCUUGCAGGUCUUAGGGUUUAGUUUAUCACAAGCUAAAGCGUGAUCUUUAUCAAGGGCAGCAUAGUCUAUGGUUCUUGCAGCCUCUAUCUUGGUUGCUGCAAAAGCCAAGAACACCACAAAAGCCAGAGAGACGAUAACUUUGAUACUUUUGGACAUCCCCAUAUUAUUAAUAAUUUGUUAUUUUUAUGUUCCAAAUAAAUUAAAUAAAUAAAUAGUUUAUAAAAGAAACUCCAACUAGGAGCUCAAUUAUUUUCUAUUUAUUUAUUUAUUUGUAUUUGGAAU